UUCAACAGUAUAAACAUAUAAGGUAAUUGACCUAUUGUGUCGAAUAAACACAGAGAUGGCUGGUACAGCUCGACACGAUAAUGAAAUGGCGAAGAAAGCAAAUCAUCGCUUACAAAGUGCGACUGAUCCCAUAGAAAGACUCAGGCUGCAAUGUCUCGCAAGAGGUUCAAGUGGUAUCAAAGGACUUGGACGUAUUUUUAAAAUCAUCGAUGAUGAUCACAAUAGACGAAUAGAUAUUAAAGAAUUCAAAAAGGGAAUGAGAGAUUAUGGUGUUGACUUGGAAAAAGAUGAAAUCACAGAUUUAUUCGACUCAUUUGACAGAGAUCAUUCUGGGGCGAUUGAUUUCGAUGAAUUUAUCGUAAAACUGCGCCCGUCACUAUCAAAGGCAAGAAAGAAUUUGAUCCAGAGAGCUUUCCGCAAACUCGAUCGCACUGGGGAUGGACAAGUGACGGUUGAAGACUUAUACGGUGUUUAUGAUGCAAGUCAUCAUCCAAAAUACGUAAACGGAGAAUGGUCGGAAGAUCAGGUAUUUGCAAAAUUUUUGGAAAAUUUCGAUACUCCUGGUGAUCCGGAUGGUGUCGUAACGUAUGAUGAAUUUUACAAUUAUUACGUAGGAGUGAGUGCUUCUAUCGACAACGAUAUAUACUUUGACGUCAUGAUGAGAAAGGCUUGGAAACUUUGAUUAAACUUCUUCAUUACUUAAUAUUUAUUUAUUCUUUUAUUGUCUACGUUCCACUGGCCAUGUGCCGUAUAUUUCACCGGAAUUCGAUUAGAACUUUAGAUCAGGGGGGUUCAAACCCAGGCCCGCAGGCCACAUGUGGCCCGCUGUAAUAUUAUCUGCGGCAUGCGUCACAUUUGCUGAUAUAUAUAUAUAUAGGUCAUAAUUGGUGACAACCAAAAAAUAGCAUUUUGGUAUUGUUUCGUGAUAAAAAUAACCGGGAAAAUCUUAUUACACAUUGUCGCAUCACCAAACGUAGUUGAAUUUACUUGUGACAGGGAUAGCUGGAACGAAACAGUCAGUGAAUUUGGUAGGGUUCCAGAAAGUGUGUUUAGUCAGCCUAAACUGGCUUAAAACUCAGUUAUCAAUUUCGACACGCUUGAAUGACUUAACUUCCACAAAUUGAUCUCUUACUUUCUUGAAUAUUCGUAUAGAAAACUAAAUAUCAGCCUAUAGCAACAUACUCCCUGCCGCAUUGUCUUUUUUUAAUCAGCGUGAACAGUGACACAAAAACAAAGUUGGUGCCUAUAUGUAAGAAAAUUUAGUAAAUAUCAAUUAAUGUCGGGAUAUUACCCUGUUGUAGUCUACUACCUUGGA